ACUUCUCUCCCGCGGUUCCGAAAUCCUACGUACCAAAGAAGCUUUCGCUCUUCCGCAGUUCCAGUCCGGACUUUCUUCUCGUUCUCCGGCCGCCGCCGCCGUUUCUCUGCGCUCUGUUCUUCAAGUGCUGUUUGCUACUUCUGAAUAGUGUACGAGAAUGACGGAAGGUGAGGGCAAGGCAGUGAUAGGACUGACAUGGCAGCCCAAGCUGCCUACUGCAUCUCUUGCUUCGUCGGCUCGGAAACCUCAGAAUCAGGCCGUGGAUUCUCUUUGGAAGCCUACUCAGGAGCUUGUUGAUGGUCUGUUUUUGCCGCCCAAUAACCCCUCUCAAUUGAAAAAAUUGCAGAGGAAGCAAGUCAAGGACACUCUCGGCAAAGGCUGGUUUGAUAUGCCAGCUCCAACUAUAACCCCGGAACUGAAGAAAGAUCUCCAGAUACUAAAGCUGAGGGGUGCUAUCGACCCAAAGAGGCACUAUAAGAAAGGUGAUUCAAAGUUAAAAGUUCUUCCUAAAUACUUCCAGGUGGGUACAGUCAUCGAGUCACCAAUGGAGUUCUUCUCCGGCAGGCUGACAAAGAAGGAGAGGAAAGCUACCAUUGCUGAUGAGCUACUUUCUGAUCAGAACUUCAAGGCUUACAGGAAGCGUAAGGUGAGAGAGAUCGAGGAACAGAACCGCCCUGGCGGGAAGGACAAGUGGAAAAUCAAGGGGAAGCAGUCUUUCAAGCGAGCAAAGGAUAAACGACUUUCCCACUUCCAAGUUCCAUCCCCCAGUUCUUCGGUCGGCAGUUCCCGCCUGCGAUUCAGAUUUCUUCUUGAUCCCAAGUCAAUGACCGUGCUUGGCCAGUCCGGCAGAAAACUGGGUCUGCCAUUGAUGAAUCUCCUUAGAUUCAAAGGAAUGCCCGUUUUGGAGCAACUCCAUUUGGAGGAGAAGUUACUGCGAACGUCUUCAGAUAAUUGGUGUAUCGUAAACGAUGGAGCUGAUUCCCCCGCCAUAGUCAUGGGUGUCUCAGGGAAACCUGCAGAACUUCUCGAACUAAACCUUGUGUUGAGAUAUCACGUUCCUGUCAUCAAACGGUUUACUGGUGGCGGUACUGUUAUCGUCGAUCAAGGGACGAUUUUCGUCACUCUCGUAUGUAACAAGGAUGCUGUUUCUAAGGUCCAACCUUAUCCUCGUCCGAUCAUGUCGUGGAGUGGUACAUUGUACGAUGAAGUGUUCCGUGGGAUAGCUGAUUUUCAACUGCGAGAGAAUGAUUAUGUAUUUGGAAACCGCAAGUUCGGUGGGAAUGCUCAAUCUAUAACGAAGAACCGAUGGAUACACCACACUUCCUUUCUAUGGGACUACGAGGAUCGGAAUAUGGACUACUUGAAGCUACCUUCUCGCGCUCCUGAGUACAGAUCGGCAAGAGACCAUACAGAAUUCGUGUGCAGAAUGCGUGAGUAUAUGCAGAGGCCAGCUUUCGUCGAUAGAACCAUCAAAGCUCUCGAAGCCUACUUCUUGGUGCAACCUGUGAGCUCCGAAGCAGCAGUUAAUGCUGACCCUCAGACGACGACGACGACGACUGAAUUCAUUCCCUCCACCAGGCUUCUAUCAGAGAAAGAACUCGAGGAUGCUUUCGCAUCUACCACACUUGAGAGAAUGGCUCGCACUGUCGGAAUUUGA